UUCUCUUAUACGCUUCCCCGCAAUUGCCAAUAUUGUAUACUACCGUAGUAUUUCCUCGGCUCAGGCCAGUGUGACCAUGAAAGCUUAUUUUGGUCGAGAAACAAUCAAUGCAUGAAAGGGGAGACAUUUGACAUUCCCGACCAGAAAUAGACUAGCCCUAACUCUUAUCUCUUAUCGGUUAACAUAGAACUAGCCAGGAGCAAAAAGACAUAUAAACAAACUAUUUUCAUCCCCAUCUCAGAGUGGUAAGAUCUCUUCUUUCUCUCGUUCUAUCUGUUUCCCAGUAUAUAUCGCUGCCCGUUGUUUAUUCCACAAUGAAAUGGCAAGCUGCAGUCUUCCUGGCGCUGCUGGGAGGAAGCGUCACUCCUGCGCUUGCAGCGCCGUGGAAGAAAUUGCGGCCAAAAAUGGCCAUCGACGCCAUGCUGAGCUUCUACAACCAGACGGAUGGGCGGUGGUCCACUGAAGCCCCCUGGUGGAUAACUGGCAACGCGCUCCAGGCCACACUCGAUUACAUGGCGAAGACAGGUUCACGCGAGUACAUACCCCAGGCAGUCAACACCUUCACGAAGCAGAGUGCACCUUUGCCGUGGUGGCCGUCUGGGGGCGGGGACUUUCGGGCUGACUCGACAGACGACACUGGCUGGUGGUCACUGGCCAGUGUGCGUAUGUUCGACCUGACCGGUGACCAACAGUACCUCACCUACGCCAAGGAGGAUGAGGCCUAUAUGUACAGCUUCUGGAGUAACGAUACCUGCCAGGGCGGGAUUAUCUGGGACAUCCCCUCGCGCUCCUACAAGAACGCAAUUAGCAACGAGCUAUACCUAAAGCUAGCUGCCUCCCUGCACAACCGUAUCCCCGGUGACACGUUCUACCUGUCGCGCGCCAAGCAGUCGUGGACUUGGUUCAAAAACAGUGGCAUGAUCAACGGUGACAACCUGAUCAACGACGGUCUGUCUGAGGCGAGCAACGGGAUCUGUUCCAACAACGGCGGCCAGACCUGGACCUACAACCAAGGGGUCAUCCUGGGCGGCCUGGCUGAGCUGUACAAGGCGACCAGGGACAGAAGCCUGCUCGAGACCGCGCGCCGGAUCGCCGACGCGGUGACGACCAGCGCCUUCUUGUCACCCAAUGGCAUCCUGACCGAGCCCUGCGAGGCUGACGACAGCUGCGGUAGCGACGCGCCAGCCUUCAAGGGCAUCUUCGUCCGCAACCUCGACGAGCUCCAGGAUGUCCUACCGGGCAACCCGUACCGCAAAUACCUAGACGUUCAAACCACAUCUGCCUACAACUUGGACCGCAACAGCAGCACAGGCAAUCUGUAUGGCCUCAAGUGGGCCGGUCCCUUCGACGAGAUUGAGAUUGCCCGCCAAACCUCGGCUGUGUCCCUGCUGGUUGCUGCUUUGUGAUAUGUUGGUGUAAAUUAUUAAACUUAAAUAAGUGAGGGUUGAAAUGGCUGCCGAGUGGUAUCAGGUGGACCGAGUGCUCCGGGGUGGACAGGAUCGUGCAAGCCAUCAAUUACAGACAUAUUCAAAUUGAUAUUAAAAGAGUAGAAUACUAAUAUUACUUG